AUGGCCUCCUCUCUUCCUCAAAAUGCCGAUUAUCUCAUUAUCGGCGGCGGUACUUCCGGCCUUGUAGUCGCGAAUCGAUUGUCCGAAGACCCCAAUAUACAGGUCGUGGUCUUGGAAAGUGGCCCUGACAGAACUUCUGAUCCGCGGGUGAAAGACCCUAACGCUUGGCCCACUUUGGCUGGCUCGGAGCUAGAUUGGCAACUGAAAACAGUGCCCCAGACAGGUCUCAAUAAUCGAGAACAAAAUUUGCCAGCGGGGAAGAUGCUGGGCGGAUCAUCUGCUCUGAACGGGCUGGUGUGGGUUCCUCCUUCUCGCGCAGGCAUUGAUGCGUGGGCGGACUUGGGUAACCCGGACUGGAACUGGGAGUCCCUCCUGCCAUAUCUUCAAAAGUCGUAUAGCGCGUCGCGGCUUGGGCAAAAUGUACAGGAUGGUACAGACAUUGAUAGACAGGAGAAAGAUACAAUCCGAUUGGCCAACCCUGCGCGUGCAGAAAAGAGUGACGCGCCUGUUCUCGAGGCUUGGAAUAAAGCACUUGAAGAACAAGGAUAUGACUUUUCCGCCGAGAUUCUGGGUGGUCAGAAAACAGUUGGUUCCCGUGAUUUUAUAGCGACUAUCGACCCCUCUGGAUCACGCAGUAGUGCCGACAGCACGUAUGCUCGAGUCGACCGUCCCAACCUACAUAUUGUCACUGAGGCGACCGUCCGAAAGAUCUUACUUGCCGGUGCUGAUGAUGAACAGUCUACAGAUGUUGUCGCUACUGGAGUGGAAGUCGAAGUAGACGGACAGAUCAUCACGCUCUUUGCAAAGAAAGAGGUCAUUCUUGCCGCAGGCGGAUUCCAUACUCCGAAGCUACUCGAACUCUCGGGGAUCGGGCAAAAGGAUCGGCUCACUGAGCUUGGUAUUCCUGUUCUCAUCGAUCUACCUGGCGUGGGCGAGAACCUCCAGAACCACAUCAUGGCUGCGAUUCCCACCCAGCUCAAGAUAGAAGGCAUCACACCCGGUAUCAAGGCGACGGCUUUCACGCGGCUGGACAAAGACAAUCAGGAACAUGUAUUCUCGUUGAGCUUAAGCUCCAACGACAACACCCAGAGCCAUGAACAUAUCAUCAAAUCCAUCCUCCGCAGUCCCGAUGAAGCCUCCGCAUUUUAUAUUUUUGGCGUCAUGCCCGGGGGCAUUGCAAUCUUGGGCAUCAUCUCAAGCUUCCCGUUUUCUCGCGGGAGUGUCCAUAUUUCAUCUUCGGAAUUUGAUGUCAAGUCCGAUAUAGAUGUACAGGCCUUGGCGAAUGAGAUGGAUAUCGAGAUUCUGGCCCGUCAUGUACAAAACAUGCAGAAGUUGGCUUCUUCGCCUGCGCUGGAGCAUGUCAUUCAGCCUUUCGAGUCACCGGUGGAGCUGGAGGCGCUGAAGGAGGCGCUGCGGGAAGCAAUAGCCGCUCUUACUGAUCAAACGAGUCAUAUGAUGGUGUAUCAUAUUAUUGUUCAAUAUCUAUUCGAAAACUUAUCAAAGUAA